ACUCUAACCUUUGCUGAGGGAGUGCGGCUAACUACUCUAAAGGAGUUUGAGGCCCGUAGUGAUGGGAAGAAGGCAAAGAAGAGGUCGCGCGUUGAUGGGAGCACUCAGUCUUUAAGGCGCUGUGGCACAUGUAGCGAGACAGGGCACAACGCGCGAACAUGUAGUAAAGAUGCGCAG